AUGAACCCUGCUACCGUCGAUCCUGCUGCCAUGAUGCUGUUCCAGCAGCUCAUGGCAUCAGUGAUGACAUCUCCGUAUGCCGGCAUUUCCGGUCCUGGUCCAGCUCCCGACCCGAUUUUCGACCCGACUGGAUACGCAGCCCAUUCGGAACGGCUACGAAAAUACAAGCGAUCGCAGGCAGAGUCAAUCGCUCGAAGCAAUCUCAGCUACACCCCAUUCGAAAUGACACAAGAGAUGGCGCUCUCGCCGAUCAUCGCCAAGCUUCCCUCUGUCAAUCUCUUCUCCCUCACGCCACGCCAAGCUACCUUUCUGGACACUCAAAAAGUGCUCUGGUUAUCCUAUAAGACACGCCGUUUUCGUAGUAUCGAGUUGCCGAAGUUCGAUGAUGACAUUGCCGGAAGGAAGGAGGCGAUGAUCGCCUUUGGCGAUAGUCUGAUGGUGGCGAUGUUUGGCCACGACUGGAACGAGACCUCUGGCUUCAAGUACAAUGGAAAGAUGACCCCGAGCCGGAUCUACGAUGAUCACGUGAGCUAUCCUGGUGGCUAUCAGUAUGCUCCGCCAGCGAUGGGCGACUUGUGCGACCACCACGCGUCGAUGCUCGAUGCCACCUCGAAGCCCCCGCUCGCAGCUAGACCGGCGGGUAAAACUUCGCACGACUCCGGAAAGGGCAAGCAGGAAACAGACAGGUCGGAAGGGCGCAAGAAUGCAGAAGAUGGUAAAGCCGCUACACCGUCACUGCAAGGUGAUGGUAAGAGGAGCUCAGAGACGUGGGAGGCUAACGAGUUCAUGCGAGUGUGGAGAUUGCAAGAAUUUUUUACAGACAAGCUGGAGAGAGACAUGGAGUCGGGUCAUGCUUGCGAGAACGAGCAGAAUAAGGUCGCUGGAAGAAAUGGUCACUUUGUCGACAUGGAAGCUUUCCUUUCCCCUUUCCAUGUCGAUGAGGGCCACUGCGAAUGCGCUGAUUGCAGUGGUCUUGGUGACGCGUACGAAGCAGGAAAUCCGUACGACUUCGGCGAUCCUUGGGGUGACGAUUAUCCCCCUAUGGAUCUCGACGAUCCGUACGGGCUCGAUGGCGGCUACGACAUGGACUAUCUCUACGACCCAGACGACGUUCCAUAUGGAUUCGGCGACAACAUGUAUGGAAUCGACGACGGCUUCUACUUUGACAAUGACGAAGGCUACCCUCCUUAUGGCGGCGGCUUCUACGACGACUACGAAGAGUACAUGGACAUCAUGACAGACCUGAAACCCAAGAAACUCAUGUCGUCGCUGGGACGUCGAUCAGGUGGCGGGUUCCUGUUCAAGGGCGACGACCAUCACGGCCAUGGCGGGCCAGGCAAGGGGAACGGUAAGGGGAACAGCAAAGGAGUGGGUACAAGUUCGGGUGGCAAGCAAGGCAAAAAGAAGAGCAAGAAGAGCAUCAAGAAGAAAAGUAAGGGUAAGGCGGCCAAUCAGGCUGGCAACGCCGUCAAGCAGGAAGAACAAGGCGGUACCGCUCAGGAUGGAAAGGGCAAAGGGAAGGCCAAAGAGUCAAAGCUCUUUUCUAGCUUUGGGUCUUCGGUUGUACCGGAGGACAAAGCCCUCGGUACUACUCCUUCUAAGCCUUCGGUUCCACCCCAAAGAUCGUUCGGCCACGUCACGCCGUUGGGCGCCAGCAAAGUUGCUCCGAUGUCUCCUUCCACGAUUGCGUCCGUCGGUCUCAAUCUCGCCAAGCCAGCAGCCGCCGUCGCCGGAGGGUUCCGCUUUUCAGUUCCAAACACCGUCACGGUUCCAGCUCCAAAAGCCCUGCAACAGAAUACAAGGCUUGCUUCAGAGUCGAACACUAAGCCGGCAAAGACGAAUUUUGGCUUGCACAAGAAGGCGAAUGCAGCUUCGGGAGGCAAAAGUGCGGGAGCGAGUGGAAGCACAGGUGAGGAAGUCAAGCUCACAUUCGAGAUACCCGGACCCAGCGGGUUCGUGGUGCAAGCAGUGGGCGCCAAGACCGCUCCGACCAGCUCGCAUGCUGGAAUUACGAGCCAGGCUUCUGUCGCUGCGAAGCCUGCGGCGGCUCAAUCCAGUCCAAACAAGACGGCACAAACUCGCAAGCGCAAGAAAGUCACGAGAGGUGAUUCGAACGACAUGACGCAAUCUGCCUCGAGUGGCAGCGCUCAGCCCGUCAAGAAGAAGAUUCCCGUUGCAACUGCUGCCGCAGCUGUGGGAUCUUCAUCCCCUGCAACGAAGGUCGUUCCGGCACCUCUUGCUUCCGGCAACCAGCCUCGUACCAAGGCUGCCACUGCCACUACGAACACAGCCAAGUCCGUCCCAGUCCUCGGUUUUCCCAGACAGCAGCAGCCGCAAUCGACCGUCAAGCCGAAACCAGUAAAGUACGAAGUCGUGGUGUACAGGAAACCCUUUGCGCCGAGCAAACGUCCUGGUCGGGACAAUUGGCACGGACGAGUUGGGUUGUAG